AUGGAUCCCGAGGGCGCGGCCACUGAUCAGAUGCAAACAGAAUCUUUACCUUCAUGUCCCAACAUUGUGUCACCGGUGAGGUUAAAUAAUCUGAUCGGUUCUCCAAGGUUUGGAACAGUUACUCCAAAUCGUGUCUUUGUUGGAGGAAUUGAUUUUAAGACUAAUGAAAAUGACCUGAAGAAGUUUUUUGCUCAGUAUGGCAGUGUGACAGAAGUGAAGAUAAUAAAUGACAGAGCUGGAGUAUCAAAGGGGUAUGGCUUUGUUACAUUUGAAACCCAAGAAGAGGCACAGAAGAUUUUACAAGAUGCUAAAAAACUCAACUAUAAGGAUAAGAAAUUGAAUAUUGGACCAGCAAUAAGAAAACAAAAGAGAGGCAUACCUCUGUCUGCUGUAUCACCAGAAGCUGGUACAAUGUACUUGACCACUUCCAGUGGAUAUCCAUAUGUUUACCAUAAUGGAGUGGCUUAUUUUCAUACAUCUGAAGUCUCUCCUGUUCAGCAGCCAUGGCCAUCUCGCUCUGUUUCCAGUUCACCUGUAAUGGUGGCUCCACCUGUUUACCAGUCUCCUACGUACCAUUAUCAGGCACCAACACAGUGUCUUCCAAGUCAGUGGCAGUGGUCUGUUCCACAGUCUCCUACCUCUUCACCUCCACUCCUAUAUCUGCAACCAUCUGAAGUCUUUUAUCAGCCAAUAGGAAUUAACCAGGAAGGUGGAUGUAUAUCUCCACCUCUCCUAAUGGAAGCUGCAGUUCCUGAGCUGUAUUCUGAUCAUGGAGUUCAAACGCUACAUCACCAGCCCUAUGUCCAGAGUCACAUAGCCAUGCCUGCAGCUGUGAGUAUCAAACCAGGAUAGUUACAGCAAGCAUGGCAGUGUUGCUGUCUUCUUACUUGAAGGAAUGACAGUAAGACAAGAGGGGAAUGGAUGAAAAAGUCUUUUAUUAAUGAAAUGAUAAAUAAGGAAAUAGGAAAUGGUAGAGAAAAUGUGAGAUUUUUCUUGUCUUGAUUUUUUUUUUUAUAGUGGGGCAAAUGUUAUUUUGGAACUAUUUGGGGAAACUUAAGAAGGUAAAACAUGACUAGUUAUUUUAAGACUGAGCUACAAAGUAAACUGCAAAUAAGAAACAUUUUAAGAGAAAAUGGUGAGCCUCAUUCCUGUCUUUGAAGUGGUGGUUACAAAUGCUUGUUUCUUUCUCUGGGUCUUGACCUCUAAAUUCAUUACUUCGGCCUUAGAAAAGCACCUCGUGUUGUGGAGAGGUGAGAUUUUCAAACAGGGAGAACAAAAACUGUCCCAGUCAGUCACCUCUGGGUGUAUUCCUGUGGAGUUCUGAUUUAUGAAGGCCAUUUCAAUAUUAUUCCACGUCACCUGAUGGAAGUUGUUGAAUUUUUUGAUUCCUAGUUUAAGGUACUCUUGACUAAGUUAAUAAGGCUGUUCACACCAUCCAUGAAAUAAUGUCAAAACUCACUUGCCUGAUGACAGAGAUCUAAAGUUAUCAGUAAUUAUACUUGAUAUUAGAGCACUUACUCUUCUGUGAAAGGUGCUUACUCAGCUGCAAGUGGAAGAUGAAACAUGAGGAAUAAAAGCCAUGUUAUUUUCCACAUACUUUUAAUUUCUUUUACUUAGCAUUUUCCCAGACUAUUGUGUAACAAUGUGUACUAGGUAUUUCCAGCAGAGGGGGCUGUAACCCAAGUGUUGUCUUGGAAUCCAGUGCCCUGUAUUUCUUGCUCAUUCUUUACUGUUUUCUCAGAAGUCUUGUUCCUCAGAACAGAAACCCUGCUCUGUUCAGGUCUCAAGUAGAUUCACAGAUAAUUAAACCCUUCCAAAGGCUUACUGAAUCCUGAUAAUUUUAUUUGUUACAGCUUGAUGCUGAGUAACCUUUGGAUUUUAGGUUUUAUUUGUUUAGUUAGCUUCAUUUACUAGUAAUUAGUAGUUCUAAAAUAUAGCUCUCCCUCUUAAAUUCUUGUAUUACCUUUUCACAUACCCACUUGGGAGUUUGAAUGUUUCCCAGGUAAUGAAUGUGAUCAGCUGGUGGUGUCUGUCAGUGCAGCUGAGCUCUCAUCAAUGACGGAAAAAGCCAAAUGUUGUCAGCACACUGCUAUGUGUCAGCAAAUGGCCGUGGUAUUGCCACCUGCUCCCCAGCUGCAGCAGGCCACUGCCUGGAGGCUGUGGUCUUCCUAAAAUACCCCAACAAAUAUAGCUGCUGCUUGAAAACUGCCAAGUAGUGGCCACAUAAGUGAAAGCAGGUGCCUGGAGUAAUGACUGUACCUUGGAGGUAAUCUGCUAAUUGCCUCUACUGCACUGUGUAUUCCCAGUGCAAUUCCUGGGCUUUGUCCUAGCAGCUGUAGGUCAGGUGGUGAGACUAGGAUGCUACAGCUCGUAUCUGGGUAUUUUUAACAUUUGGAGACUUCUUACAGCUUUGAAAUGCAGCUCACAGCACAUCAUUCUCUCUGUUCUACCAUCAGUAGAACCAGUAGUAGCUAUUGAGUUACAUUGAUAAAAUGCUAUUUUUUAGUACCAAGUUUUUAAUAGUGUUAAAUGAAAAUUAGACAACAUUCUCCAACUUCCAACUGUAAAUUAAUUUGAGAUCCAAAUUUGGUGUUGAAGAUCAAGUUUGAAUCUUGAAAAA